UUCUUCAUUUUCCUGUUCUGGCAUUCUCCUGACACAUCGCUGCCUUCAUCCACCUUUUUUCCUCUGUGGGUUUGCUCAACUGCAGAACAACUAACACCUGAAAUGGGAGAGUGGGAUGCGCUGAGCCGCCUGCUGGAUAAAGUGCAGAGCCACUCCACGGUGAUCGGCAAGGUCUGGCUCACAGUGCUGUUUGUCUUCCGCAUCCUGGUCCUGCGCACCGGCGCUGACAAGGUGUGGGGCGAUGAGCAAUCGGACUUUAUCUGCAACACUCAGCAGCCCGGCUGUGAGAAUGUCUGUUAUGACUUCGCCUUCCCCAUCUCUCAUGUUCGUUUUUGGAUUCUUCAGAUUGUCGCCGUGGCGACUCCGAUGCUGCUUUAUCUUGGUCACGUCCUUCAUGUGAUCCACAGUGAGAAGAAGGUGAAGGAGAGAAUGAAGAAGCAGGCAGAGCUGGAUGACCAAGCCAGUCUGUUCCUUAGGAGGGCCUACAAAGUUCCCAAGUACACCAAGAGCAGUGGCAAGAUCACCAUCCGUGGCUGUCUCCUUCGCAGUUAUGUCCUCCAUCUUUUUGCCAAGCUUGUCCUAGAAGCUGGGUUCAUAGUGGGUCAGUACUGUCUUUACGGCUUCACUCUCGAGCGUCGGUAUGUCUGCAGACAGCCCCCUUGCCCUCACGAGGUGGACUGUUUCAUAUCCAGGCCUACAGAGAAAUCUGUUUUCAUCUGGUGCAUGCUGGUGUCAGCGUCCCUUUCCCUCAUCCUCUGCAUGAUUGAGCUGAUCUAUUUGUGUGUGAAAGCUGUGAAGGAGUGCAUGGCGAGGAGGCAGGACUACACUGUGACCCCGGUGACACCUCCGGUUUCAGAAAGGAACGUGUUUAAAAGGCGGGAUGAGAUGAUCCAGAAUUGUGUCAACUUGGAGCUGGAGUUGCAAGGACGGAAGUUAGGGGUGAAUGGAAUCACAGGCGGGGUCAGUGAGGUCAUUAAAAAUGGUUCAGCUGAUAACAUGUGCGAGGUCCGCAUCUGAAGCAUGUGAUAAGUGGUACGUGUCUACAUCCCAGUGGUUCCCUUGGAGUUCCAGUAUUUGUGUGCUUUGGCUUCUGGGAAGAACGGGGGCAAGUGUGCGAUGACUAAUGAUGAAGGGAAGGGGCAGCCAGCUGCUGUAAACAGGACUCAGUCACAUGCAAAGUGUCGCUUAUAACAACAAAUGUCUGUGAAAUAUUACAAAAACAGCAAACAUUUUUCAAACCAUUUCUUGCUGUUGACAGACCCAUGACUUUAAAAUAUUGUAGAUUAAAUUUUUGAUAGAUUUUGUUAAGGGUACUUUGCUGGAAUGAUUUAAAACUAUGUAUCAUUAUAAUUUUAAUUCAAUAAACCUCAAAACUCAAAUUGCAGUACAA